CUCUUAUCUUUAAUUCACUCUCAUAAACACCCAUCAUGGUCAAGUCAGUCCUCAUCGCUGCCCUCGCCGCCCAGGCUACUGCCUUCACCAUUGGCCAGCGUGGCUCGGAUAUUGUUGGUGGCAAGGACGCCAAUAUUAAGGAUAUCCCAUACCAGGUCGAGUUUUUCCCUGGCGAAUACCUCUGCGGUGGAACUAUCCUCAACAAGGAUACUAUCCUGACUGCUGGCCACUGUGUCGAGGAUCUGCAAGCGUCUGACAUGACUAUCAAGGUUGGCAGCAGCACUCUUAAUGAGGGUGAACUGCACAACGUGACGAAGUUCUUUGCACACCCCAAGUUCACCGACACAAAUGUCCCUGACUAUGAUGUCGCUAUCCUGAAGCUCGCCACGCCUCUGACCUUUGGCCCCGGCGUUCAGCCUGUCGGCGGCCUUGUAGAUAAGGAACCCUCGGUGGGCAGCAUCGGCCUCGUCUCUGGCUGGGGCCUCAAGAAGGAAAAUGUGCGACCCCCUUCCCCAACGCUCCAGUCUGUUCAGAUUCCUGUUAUCGCGCGCGACAAGUGCGUGAAGAUGUACCAGGCCACCAAGUACAAGCUGCCCGUCACCGACCGCAUGUUCUGCGCCGCAGUGAACGGAAAGGAUUCUUGCAGCGGCGACUCUGGUGGUCCCUUUGUUGUCAACAACAAGCUUGCCGGCGUCGUAUCCUGGGGUGCUGGUUGCGCCCGCGCUGAUGCUCCUGGCGUCUACUCAAACGUUGCUCUGCCAGAGCUGCACGACUUCAUCACCUCGCACAUGUAAAAAGUGACAGGACAAAACACAAAAGUGCAAAUACUGAUAGCAUAGGCCCUUGAAACUAGCAUUGAAUACUAAUAGGAGUACAUGUAUGAAAUAUCUGCCGAUCCUGUCAACAUAUGCUCUACAUGUAAUCCUGUGCACAAAUUUAUAUGUGACGAUUACAGCGUGACUGUGGAAUAUGGUGGAGGAAACAGGCCUGUAACAAGCGGAAACAGGUAUCUAUAUUGGUCUGGCGGAGCGCCACUCAGGAUAUGAACAGAUAAUG